UGGCUGUCAAAGUUGUCAAAAAUCAAAAGUCAAAUAGAUAAAAACAUUGAAACCAAUUAUUUUGUAAAAUAUUUCAUGAAUCGUAUAAUGAUGUAUAAUUAAAAAUUAUACAUUAUGUAUCGCUUUUUUUCUUAUCACUAUAUAAUUUUUAUUUAUGUAACAUGACUGGUACAUUUUAUACAACUCAAGAAGGACCUGCAAAUGCCUUAGCCUUAAAUAAGGACUAUAGCCAAGUGGUAAUCGCCGGAAGAAAUGUUUUCAAAGUAUUUAAUAUCAAAGAUGAUGAAUUCAUUGAACAUUGUAACCUGAGAGUAGGGAAAAAUUUAAAUUUAAAUUUUUCAUGCAAUGAUGUAGCUUGGAAUACAAUUGAUGAUACUGUAUUGGCGACAGCUGCAACAAAUGGGGCAGUUGUUGUUUGGAACUUAAAUAAACAGGGACGAUCCAAACAAGACCAUGUAUUUAAUGAUCACACACGGACUGUAAAUAAAGUAAAUUUUCAUAUAACGGAAGCAUCUUUGUUAAUAUCUGGUUCACAAGAUGGUACAAUGAAAUGUUUCGAUUUAAGAAUCAAAGAAGUUGUGAAAACGUUCCUUAGUAAUACAGAAAGUGUGAGAGAUGUUCAAUUUAGUCCACAUAAUUCUCACAUAUUUGCUGCAGUCUCCGAAAAUGGUAAUGUACAACUUUGGGAUAUAAGAAAGCCGGAUCGUUGUGUACAAGCGUAUACUGCACAUAGUGGUCCUAUUUUUGCAUGUGACUGGCAUCCAGAAAUGUCUUGGCUUGCAACAGCUAGCCGUGAUAAAACAAUUAAGGUUUGGGACUUGUCUGGUAAUAAACCAACAUUAGAGCAUACAAUACAUACAAUUGCAUCAGUUGGCCACGUUAAAUGGCGACCCCAACGACGGUAUCAUCUAGCAAGUUGUGCUCUUGUUGUUGAUUGUAGUAUAAAUGUUUGGGAUAUUCGAAGACCUUAUAUACCGUUUGCAUCAUUUGAUGAACACAAAGAUGUAGCAACAGGUGUUGCAUGGAAAGGUGAUCCACAUUGUUUUUUAUCCACAAGUCGAGAUAACACUUUAUAUCGUCAUAUGUUUUCGGAUGCUCGAAGACCAGCAACAAAAGCAAAUAUCCAAGGUAUCUCUUUGAAUAAUAAAGGUGAUAUUAUAUAUGCCUGUAAAACAAACACUGCCUCAAUAUUAGUUAAUAAUAAGAUUUCCGGACUUAUAAGAAAACCAUCAAUAAAUAGUGAUAAUUUUCAUGAUGCCUCAAGUUCUUUACAUAAUUUUACAAAUAAUAAAUCAGUACCAAAUGCAUUUUAUAAAUGUGCAACUCAAUACAUUUUACAAGGAAAAUCUUUGACAGAAAUGUGCGAUCAUAAUGCAAAUGUUGCUAAAAGUUUGGGAAAAAAUCAUGUUUACGUUGUCUGGAAUAUAAUUAAAAUUCUUUAUGGCAAUGAUGUUAAUACAAAAAUUAACAUUCAUGAAGAUACUCUGUCCAACACAAAUCAAAAUCGUGGUGGCCUUGCCUCAAAUGUUGAUCAACUGUCAACGACAUACGAAAAUGUAUCUAUCAAAGAUACAGAUACACCUGGAGGCGCGUGUAGCGAUGAUACAGAGAAUGAGGAAAACGAUGGUAAUUACUUAAGUGGUUUAACAAACUUAACAUCAUAUCAACCUGGAGCACUGGCACCACGUGGUGACUUUAUAUUUGGUGAAAAUGAAUUAGAUAAUGAAUUUGAUCGAAUGAGUUCAGGUAUCGGUUUACGUGUAAUUCCUGUACAAACAAAUGAAACACAAGACUGGACUCUACCCACUGAAGCAUUUCCAUUACGACAUGAAUUACAAGAUCGUUCUCCACCACCUGAACAAUUUCCAAAUCAUAUAUCGCCAGAGAUUAAUGAUAUACAAUCAGCAGUGGCUGUUGAAGAUCAACCUUCAUCUUUGUUGUCUGUAACAUCCAUACCCAAAUUAUUGCCGUGGAAUCCCACACCAAUUAUCGUGGAAUCAUUGAAAUAUCAUGCUUUAAUUAGUGAUGUACAGACUUCUGUAUCCAUUUUAUUAGUUCUUGGUGAUUAUCGACCCAAUUAUAAUGUGUUAGAUAAGGCCACACAAGAACAAUGGAUAUUAGGAUAUUUGGAUCAAUUGGCACGAUAUCGUUUGUGGAAUAUAGCAACGGAAAUUAUAAAAUUAUCUUGGAUACCAAAUAUAAAUCAAUUAAAUCAACAAUCGACGACUAUACACACUUGUUGUGGGAAAUGUGGGAAACCGUUACAACGAUCUGGCUGGUUAUGUGAUCGAUGCCAUAUAACAGAUACAGCUUUAUGUGGGGUAUGCCAUCAAGUGGUAAAAGGAUUGUAUGUUUGGUGCCAAGGAUGUUCACAUGGUGGACAUUUAAAACACGUUAAACAAUGGAUUACUAAAAACAAAUAUUGUCCUACAGGAUGUGGACAUGCUUGUGAAUACAGUUAAUCAAAUAAAUAUUUAUAAAUUAUUUUUCACUGAA